AUGGGCCCCUGUACCGCCUCCUCAUGCUGCUGCCAGGCCCGUAAUCUGCCAUGGGCCCCCGUACCGACUCCUCAUGCUGCUGCCAGGCCCGUAAUCUGUCAUGGGUCCCUGUACCGCCUCCUCAUGCUGCUGCCAGGUCCAGAGUGUGUCAUGGGUCCCUGUACGGCCUCCCAUUGCUGCUGUCUCCAUCGCCACACUCUGCCAUGUGCCACUUUCAGGUCUCCUCACACUGCUGGUGGGUUCCAUUUUGUCAUAGGGUGCUGUAUGGCCUCCCAUUGCUGCUGCCUCCACCGCCACACUGUGGCUCCACACUCUGGUUUUGGCCCCGUGACUGCCCAAAUGAGUGAAGUGUGCGGUGAUUCUAAGAUCGACGGCACUCGUCUGCAUGUCAUACUGACUGACAGUAUUAUUUCUCUUCCCCAGCAGACUCCAAGGGCAUUUAAAUUAAAGGUACAGUGUUCUGCACUAAUAUAA